AACUUAUAUGAGUUCUAUGAUCAAAACCGUCUUGGGAAAUGAAAUCUAAUGAGGAUGUUAUAAAUUAAAGGAAAUAAUACAUUUAUAUUUUAUGAACUGCUCGAAAUCAAGAUGACGAUAAAACAGGAUUUAAGGCAACUCUUGAAACCUUAUUACUUAUUCAAUAUACUCCUUAGUUUGUCUUACAUCGCUUUCAAAAGACUGCCAAUCCUCUGCAACUACUUUUUCCAGACUGAUCAGUGUGAAUUCGAUGGGAAAGAAACUGAAAUUUUGUUUUUCUUGAUGAUCGUGGUUAUGAUUCGAACGAGAAAAGCUGGGAGUGUAUCGAUGAUCAAUUACCUAUCCUCCAGUUUCAUUUAUACCAAAGUUGCAAACCUAAUUUUGUGGUUCAAUGCCGAUUUUUUGAUGGGAAUUUUCUUUGGAAUCAUCUUCAUCUUUGGAGCUUUCCUGUUUCCAGAACCUACAUAUUCGGGAGCAGACUUGGUGGUGUAUUUCAGGGGGGCGGAUAAUUUAGAAGAGGAGAUUCAGAAAGACAAGCAGGUUACUUGGCUCAUUACGUUUUACGCUGUUUGGAACCCAGCUUGUGUCAAUUUUGCGCCUGUAUUCUCUAAACUGAGUAACUUAUACGGCUUGGAAACCCUCAAGUUUGGAAAGAUUGAUGUGGGAAGGCACCCUGAAGCUGCCAGAAAGUAUCAAGUUAAUGAUAGUAGUUUUUCUAAACAACUUCCCACUGUUAUAUUGUUCAAAGAAGGCAAAGAAGUAAUGAGAAGGCCAAUACCUGAUGGAAAGAAGAGUUUUGUCAAGUUCCCCUUUCAUGAAGAAAGUAUCAAGAACGUUUUUGGGUUAAACUGUUUGUAUGAUGAAGCUAAGAAUUUAUUGAACUCUAAGAAGAGGUUGAAGGCAGAAUAAUCUCAAUUAUUGGAAUAUAAUUAGUUCAAGAGUAGAUUUUUUGUGUGAGGAAAUAUCUUAGGUGUAGUGAUAUAAAGAUUAUCACGCUGAAAUCACAGUUUGCUUAUCUCGUAAAGUACCAUUUGAUUAUAAAAAAAAGAUGUCCACUUUUAUUCUCAAAAUCGAUUUGAGAAUUGAGGAUCAAGUUAUUUUGUGUGGCAAUAACAGACUUCUUAAAUAGAGUUGUUGAGUUUUAUCAAUAAAUGUAUAUGAUUUGAAAGCUGUACUGUAAUCUGUUGUGAUUGUGAAAGAUUAAAAGUUUUGAAAAGUU